GGGUUUUCGCUGUGGGUUUUUGUUUUGUCGAAGUUGAUUGAUCUUCUAGUUAUUCAAAAUGCGAGUUCGUUAUGAUUCUUCAUUGCUAUUACAUUAUAUUCGUUAAUUUCUUCGUGAAAUUGUGUUGAUGUUAGGGAGAAAAUUCAAUCAGUCGAUAAUGGUUGGGGUUUUGUGGUUAAAACAGCUAAACCUGGAUUAAUUAGGUCAAUUUUUUUUUAAUUUAAAAAAAAAUCUGGGGAAUAGGAGGGAGAAAGCACUGGAAUGAUCAGUUUGUUUCAUGCAUGCUGUUCAACUAUAUUAUCAAGGACUGGUUGUCUUGUUACGAAAAGGCCGCCGAUCGGACAUUUUUACCCCUCGCGUAAAACGAGCUGCAAAUUUCCAGGUGUUCGAACAGUGGAUUUGGAAUUGUUGUUAACGAGAUUGGGAGUUCGUUGCUAUUGUUCAAAGAAGUCUGGCGGGAGUGGGGCGCCACGUAAGCCGAAAGCUGGUCCUAAAUCGCAGAUGAAGAACGACAAGGAAGCGUUUUUCGUUGUUCGUAAAGGCGAUCUUAUUGGUGUUUACAAAAGCUUAAAAGAUUGCCAGGCUCAAGUUGGGACAUCGAUAUGCGAUCCACCUAUAAGUGUGUACAAAGGUAGUUCCAUGCCGAAAGAAACGGAGAAGUAUCUUGUCUCGUCUGGGCUUAAAAAUGCUCUGUACUCGAUCAGAGCUUCUGAUCUGACGGAAGAUCUUUUCGGCACUCUUGUGGCAUGUCCAGUUCAGCUGCCUUCUGUUAAAAGCGAAACAUCUAACGAGCCCGUGUCAAAAAAGAGGUCACAUGACGCCUUAAGUUCCGAUUACGAGAGAUUCUGUACUCUCGAGUUUGAUGGUGCUUCGAAAGGAAAUCCUGGACAAGCUGGUGCAGGAGCUAUAUUGCGAUCGGUUGAUGGAAGUUUUGUUUGUAGGAUGCGUGAAGGCCUAGGUAUAGCUACUUGUAAUGUUGCUGAAUAUCGUGCCUUUAUACUUGGACUCAAAUAUGCACUUCGAAAAGGUUUUACGAGUGUUCAAGUUCGUGGUGACUCUAAACUUGUUUGCAUGCAGAUAGAAGGUCUAUGGAAGGUUAGAAACCCGAAUAUUGCCACCUGGUACGAAGAAGCUAAGAAUUUGAAGGAUAGAUUCGUCAACUUCAAAAUUACCCAUGUUCUGAGGGACUUGAAUUCCGAGGCUGAUGUUCAGGCGAACUUGGGGGUCGAUCUUCCUGAAGGACAUGUUCAAGAAGAGAUUGAUAAAUAGUUAGCUUGGAGUAUAUAUACACAACUACAUUCAAGAAUCAAUCUGUUGAUUUAAACUCUUUUAAGGGUCAUAAUAAAUUUUGUGCAGUUCAUGAUUU